AUUAUUGAAGGCUAGUGAUCAAACAAAGUUGUUGAGAGCUAGAUACAGCUGGUUCAGAUGACGUUAAAGUUUGUUACUAUAAUAAAUCUGUAGACGUAAUGAAGAUGGACACGAUGUUGAAUGAAAACGUAAAAAUAAAUAAUUUCCAAGUAAAGAUACGCACUGGGCGUGUACCGACAACCGCCCUUCCACAAGCAGGAGAUUUUCUCCACAUUCUACCAAAGAGAGAAACGUCAUUAGUUAAAGAAUAUUACUACGAAGAAAUUGAAAAUUUGUCUCUCAGCGAACGUGAAAUGUGGUUAGGUCAACAGUUCACGCUCUUCGAGCAAGAAGUUCGAAAAUUUUUUAAUGACAAGGAAAACUUCAUAGAAGAGUUUCACAAAAAACUGCGCAAAGUAACAAGACGGUGGGCUUCUUGGAACCACAAAAAUUUUGGACCAGUGACGUCAAGAGAACAAGUUAGAGAGUUAUUAGUUUGGACUCGACAGAAUCAGCCGAAAUAUGGCCAUUCAACUGACGUAGAAGACAUAGAUCGUUUAGAGGAAUUCGAAAGUUACUGUAAAAAAUCUACAAGAUUAUUGCAAACAUUCCGACAAGAUAUAUACAGACCGCUUUGUGAUUUUUUCAGCGGAGACGACGCAGAUUCGAUCAUUAAAGAAAUUAAAUUGCUAGAAAAGUGCGUUCAAAGGUGGGAAGCGUUACUACAGUUUUCGCCCAUUAACGAAAAAUUAUUUAGUCGACACAGCGAAAAAAUUGUAACUAAUGCUACCAGAUUCCUAACGACAGACCCCGACUGUGUUCUACGCUUGAUACCGGAUUUACACGAAAAACAGAUCGAAGCAUUACGACUUGCGCGUAAGUGGAGACUGAUCGUAAAAUCGAAAGACAUUCAACGACGUGGAACGUACGUUCUUUCUCCUAAAACUUUGGAUAAGCGAGAAAAUAUGUCGCGACCAAGAGUUCUUGCGGUUAGGCAAGAGAACUUAGAAAAUAAUCGCGGUAGGUCUUACGAUGACAUAAACGAGGAGUUACGAAACACGCAACUAAAAUAUCGUGAAACAACUAUGGAGUUAGACAAAACAAAAAAUAAAUGCAGCUCGUAUGAAAACGAGAUUCGAUCGCGUACUCGCGAGUGUGGAAAAUUGAAAGAAGAACUAAAACAGAUCAACGAAAAUCGAAAGGCUAUCGAGUUUAAAGUAAACGAGUCACAAAUCUCACACAAUUCAAGUAUAUAUGCUUUAACAGAGAGUAGUGAGAGUUUUCGCGAUAAGUUAUGGCAUAAAGAACUCGAAAGUGUGAAAAUAAAAUACAGUACACAAAAAAUAAAACUGAUGAAUGCUCGCAAACAAAUCGAGUCGUUAAAUAAACAACUGGAAUCGUCGCAACAAAAAUAUGAACAUCUAGGCACCAAAGUGGACACAACUUCUGCUAAAUGUAAUAAACUAGAAGAACAAUUAGAAUUGGCGCGAAAAAAUAUUCAAACUCAAGGCAACAUGGUAGAUGCGCUGCAACAUCAAUGCUACACUCUAAAACAAGACUUAGAUCAAAGUAACAUAAAGAAAGGAGAGUUGUACAACGAGUUGAAUUCAACUCUCGAAAGAUGUAAAACAGUGGAAACUGAUUUGCUACGCGCUAGAGGUAGAUGUAACGAGUUAGAACAAGAAGCCGGUAGACGAGGAUCGCGCGAAGAAAUACUUGAAAGAGAAAACGCGCAGUUACGUCAUAUUUUAGAAACACAAACCAAACGUCGUCGCUCUCAUGAGGAAACAUUACUGAAUCAAAAACCAGCACCAAAAUCACCAAACAAGAAGGACUGUAUAUUUCCCGAUAUCAAUGCUGGUCGUUCCUUUUGAGUAUAACUUUUUUGCUGCAUUUUGUAUUGACUUUUCCUAUUUAUCAUUUGCAUUUUUAGAAUUCUAUAUGAUAGAAAUAUCAGACUUGUAUAUAAAAUUAUAAAAACAAUUAAAUUUAUAUUACUUUAAA